AUGUGGAUCGAAUUGAUUGUCGUGUCGAUAUUGUGCACAGAACUGAUUCUUAGCGUUCCGAUUGGCAUCAUGUCAGGCAUCGGCGGCAAGGGCGGAAAAGGAGGCAAAGGGGGAAAGGGGGUUACGUCCAAGCGGGCACCGCAGUCCCGGUCGCAGCGCGCCGGCCUCCAGUUUCCCGUGGGUCGCAUCCAUCGCUUCUUGAAGAAGCGUGUCGCCAAUAACCAGCGCGUGGGCGCCACCGCGGCCGUGUAUGCCGCCGCUAUUAUGGAGUACCUCACAGCUGAGGUGCUGGAGCUGGCGGGUAAUGCAUCUAAAGACCUCAAGGUCAAGCGCAUCACACCGCGUCAUCUGCAGCUUGCUAUCCGCGGAGAUGAGGAACUCGACACGUUGAUUAAGGCCACGAUCGCCGGGGGUGGCGUCAUCCCGCACAUCCACAAGAACCUCAUUAACAAGCAAAACAAGAAGCGAAUGCCGCUGUAG